AGAAAUUAAUAAAGUUUCUAAAAUUUGAUAUUUUAUUAAUAAUAUUUGUAAUCGCAUAUAUUUUGAAUAAAUUAUUUUUGAAAAAUCUGUCUGAGACUAGUUCCAUAGCAAAUAAUUGUUUCUUUAUUUAAUGAAACCAAUAAUCCUUUCUUUUAUUACAAGUUCGUAAAAUAAUAAACAAAUUGUUUUUUGUUAAUGUGUUUUUAAGAAAUUUUGUUUUCAUUGGUAAUACGUCUUGUUAUGUCGCAUCCAUUAAAAUCUCACUUUAAGCAGCUCUUAGGUGGACAAUUAACUAUAGUAAACUGUAUACUCGGUCUGUCAGGUUGACAGGAAAGAGUGUGUUUGCUUUUUUAUCAGUAUUAAAGUACAAACGCCUAUUUUAAUUAAUUGAAAAAAAAGCACUUUUUAAUCAUACGUGUUAAAGAAGUAUGAUAUUUAUAAAGUAAUUUGUUACUUUAAAUCAUACCUAGAAAUCAUUUGUGUCUUUUUAGUUGCAAGCGUUAAUCAUAUUUCGUAUUUUUAACCAUCGUCUUCCAUUAUGAACACAUAUAACAGAAACGGACCAGGUAUAUCAGGAAAUACUUUUGAUCGUUGGGUACAGAUGACCAAUAUGCACGACGAUUCUACUAUCACAAAAAUGCAACAUCAGUUUUGGGUUACCAAACAAGCUUUAUCACGAAAGUUAGGUAAAAAGGAAGAUGAGUGUAUAGUAGCGUCCGAUGCAGAAUUGGAUGCCAAAUUAGAACUGUUUCGUAGUAUUCAGGAAUCUUGUUCUUAUUUACAAAGAAUUAUUGACAAAUAUCAGGAGCGAUUGUGCAAUCUUGCACAAGAAGAAAAUGCAAUGGGACGGUUCCUUAAAGAUGCUGGUAAACAAGAUAAAACUAGAGCUGGCAAGAUGAUGACAGCAGUUGGAAAAUCUUUAUCAUAUUCUGGACAACAAAGACUUGCAUUAAGAGCACCAUUAGGACGAUUGUAUCAGGAAGUAGAAACAUUUAGACAAAGAGCUAUUGAAGACACAUUGCAAAAGGUCCAAGCAAUGGAAAAAGCUCGUACAGAGUACAGAGCUGCUCUGUCAUGGAUGAAAAAUAUUUCUCAGGAAUUAGAUCCUGAUACAUCAAAACAAUUAGAAAGAUUUCGUAAAGUUCAAACAUGUGUAAGACAAGGUAAAAUAGCUUUUGAUAAUCUGGCUUUAGAUUGCCUUCAAAAGGUAGAUCUAUUAGCAGCAGCAAGAUGUAAUAUGUUUAGCCAUGCUUUAGUUUUAUAUCAGAGUACACUUCUAAAUUUUACUGAAAAAUCUGCACAAGCAUAUUCUACAAUAGCAAGCAGUUUUAAAGGCUAUCAACGAUAUGAUUUUAUGGUAGUGAGAGAACUAGCUGAACCCUCAAGUAAAUUAGCUCAAGAAACUGGAGGUGACGAUGAUCUCGAUGAAAAAGAGAAGUUAUCAAUUUUUGACAUGGAUUAUCAUGACAGCGUUGAAGAAGCUGAAGAAGUAAAACCAGCCAAACAAAAUACAGUUGAAAUUAAUAAACAAGAUGAAAAAUUAUUGGAUAUUGAUUAUGAGACAAAAGACAUUAAAGGGUUGGAAGGAUUAGACAUGAAUUCCAGUUCCUCGAAUAAUGAAAUUACUUCACAGUCUACUUCUAAUAUAGAACAUAAGGAGAAUCUCGAUCAACUUUUUGAAAAUUUAAUUCUAGAUAACGCCAUUCAUAGUAAUAUGCAAGAAAGAAAUCAAUCUGAACUUGAUAGAAAGUUUGGUGAACAAAGUUUAACAAUGGAUAUAUUUGACAAAUCUGAUACAAAUCUUAAUCUGGCUGAUUUUUCUUCCUUAGAAGAACAAAAUUCAAGAGAGCAAUCUUUACAGUUCCUCGCAUCCGAAAAUAUGGUACUUUUGAAUGAUAUUCUCACUGAUAAACAGAAUGCUGAUAACGAGUGGGAUGCGAUAUCGCAUGAUACAUUUUUGCCACCGAAUAUAUUGAAACAAAGUUUAGGCGAUGCAGCGCUUGGCAUUGGACAGAAAAGCAUGCCUACUAUCAACAUGGGUGACAAGAAAAAAAAUAAGACUGGCAAAAAAGGUAAUUCCUGGUUGGAUUUAUUUGCUGAACUGGACCCUUUGGCUAACAAUCCCAUGGAAAAUCUUUCUGAUGACAGUAAUGCAUCUGCUUAAUUUUUUGAAGUAUUUAAAACUAUAU